CUCAGUUGUCAACUGCUGGUGUGAGGUGCGACUACUGCUGUGGUAUCCGCUUCUGCGCCUCACCCACCUCCCCCGACACCGCCUCCGUCGGUACGCUGUGCCUUAGGUAUCCGUAUACGGUGGUCAGGCAUACCAUGAUGGCGCUGAGCUGUGGCAUUCAGCGUUGAUACAUCAGUUGUUGACAUCAGUGCUGAGUCUUCCGAUAAUGUGUGAGCGGAUCUGAGAGUCAGCCAUACAGGUGGUGGCUCAACCUGCUGUUGGUCGUCGACUGUCGCAACCUGCUGUUGGUCGACGACUGUCGCAACCUGCUGUUGGUCGACGACUGUCGCAACCUGCUGUUGGUCGACGACUGUCGCAACCUGCUUUAUGGAACAAUUUACCAGGUGACAACAACGUGUGUUCGCAUGCCCCUGCAAGUGGCGAACCCGCAACCUGGAUCACUCCCGUCUUCUCAGGACCUGGCUCCCGGACCUCCCCUCGGGCCCUGGCUCACGCCCUUACCCUCACCCUUCGCUCAGGACCUGACUCUCACACCUUCCUUUGUCCCCUUAAGAGAGAGGCUGUGUUCCUUCAGGUUCAGUCUGGAUCGUGGUAUAAGCUGUCAUCUGCCUCCCACCACCUACGCAUUUGUUCAGUCUAUAGCUGACCGCCUCGCCGAGCCGCCACCUUUCAUAGCUACGACUAAAUCUUGAAGCUUUACGUCGGACCAAUCCGCGUUCAUGAUCACCUCAGGCACAAGCAUUAUUCAGUUUGUUUAUUCAUAGAUUUAUCACGUUAUCGUGGGUUUCAUUGGUCAUAACUUACCUCGUACAUACGUGAGCAAGGCACCUCCUGUACACCUGGCUUGCCUCCUGCACACCUGACCUAGUCCUCCUCCGUCAUAUCUAGCCAAGCUUAGCCUGGACAUCUGAGCCAGCUGCCCACCAGAAGGUACGGGAUGGUGCUGUACAAACACCAACAGUUGCAGGAGGACGCAGAGUGUCGACAGUGUAUCCUGCAGGAAUGUGACGACUCCCCUUGCCCACGCCUCGCCUCCGACGGGGCAACAGAAGCAGACGAGAAGACGAGCUCAGCAGCAGACAAACUCCUGAAGCAGCAGCAGGAAGAAGACCCGAGCAGCCAGCAGCAGCCGCUCCGGCCCGCCACACCCAGCCACCCCGGCCACCUCACCCCUCCCGCCCAUCCUGCAGGAAGAAGGAAGGGGCGAGGGACAGAGACAGAUGGAGAAGAGCCAAGAGGGAGAGAGAAGAAGGGAAGAGAGAGAGACGAGGAACUGGAAGAAGGUAUUGGGAUGUACCGAGGACCCCCGCGACGCCACCGAGACCUAGUAGCCUAUUGGCUGCUGGGGUUCUGCAACAACUUCACAUAUUGGGUGAUGAUCACCGCUGCUUACGACCUUCUUAGCUCUCAGUCACAGACGGUGACUGAACGCUCCCAGCAACAGUCCAGCCCUACUCUACAGAACUCUAGCAGCGUCACCAUCCGCCCUCCCUACGAUGGCACGAUCUCCCAAAACGAGAGUGUAGAGACCUUCGUCAACACCUUCAAGUGUCUAAGACACUCCACGGGGGCCAUCCUGGUGGCUGACACCCUCCCGGCGACCGCCCUCACCCUGGCGGCGCCCUUGACGCUGCUGGCGGGCGUGGACCUGCGGGUGUGGCUGGUGGGCGGCCUCUGCGUCGCCUCCUACCUCGUCCUAGGCUUGGCCACCUCCAAAUUUGUUUUCCUUGGCGUGGCGCUGGCUUCGGCGUCGCGCGGCUUCUCUGACACCACUUUUCUGGGUCACGCAGCCCACUAUCACAAGCACGUGUUGUCGCUGUGGUCGUCCGGGACGGGCGUGGCCACGUUCCUGGGUCCUCUGCUCUACUCCAGUCUCACCACUGGCGGCAUGAGUCCUCGUCACGCUCUCCUCGUCUUCCUCAUCGUUCCCAUCAUCAUCGUCGUCAGUUUCUGGUGCAUUUUGAGCCGGUUGGUGAAGAGUGAGGCGGGUGUGGAGGCUGACACACAGGACACACUGGCCUAUAACUCGGCUCAGGACGCUGAAAACGAUAAACAAAAGAGAUUGGCUAUUGUUAAAGAAAAACUCUUCUUGCUCUUGAGAGCCAAGCAAUAUCUGCUGCCCCUGUCAGUUUUCUACUUCAUAAUGUACUUCACAAACCAGGGACUGCUGGAGCUUGUUUACUUCCCAGCGUCGCACCUGACGCAUGCGCAGCAGUAUUCCUGGAGCAACACUGUGAGGUGCUUGGGUACCCUCAUCUCCCGCAGUGCACACAAGUUCUUCCUACUCCCCAGCACUUGGAUAUACAGUGCACUGGCUAUGGUGAUCGUGUUGGUGGUGGGGACGGAGGCGCACUACCACUACCUCCCGUCCGAGUACAUCAUCUUUACCCUUCUCUUCCUUCAGGGUCUGCUCGAAGGUGCAGCCUUCAGGUCAACAGUAUUCAAUAUGCACGAAAAGGCAGGUGAUAAGGAACGAGAAUUUUGCCUGGGAAUUUUCCCGGUAUCUUUGUUCCUUCCGGCAAUGUUAGCUGGAUUUGCCUCCAUUCCUGUCCACGACGUCCUCUGUCAGAACCACUUGUACCAGCAGUAGUGUUCUACGUGUUCUAUCAGAACCACCUGUACUAGCAGUAGUGUUCUUCACACGACGUGUUCUGUCAGAACCACCUACACCAGCAGUAGUGUUCUUCACACUACGUGUUCUGUCAGAACCACCUACACCAGCAGUAGUGUUCUUCACACGACGUCCUCUGUCAGAACCACCUACACCAGCAGUAGUGUUCUUCACCGUCUUGCUCAACGUAUGAGUACUGAACAGGAAAUUCGAAAUGCAAUUUGCCAUUAUUUUUGUGUACAUGGUGAAGUGUAUGUUUCUUAUCCAGCUGUUCAAGUAACCAAGUAACACUGUCAAGACAAGUAGCAACAACAGCCACUCCCUAUGCUCAAUGAAUUGUCUAGGAAGGCAUUCGCAGCCAUAGACAUUGUCAGCUGUGCUGUGAUAACUGUACAUAUCGAUUAUAUUUUUAUGUACUUGUGUAUCUCAAUUUCUUCCCCGAUGUUUUAAUGUGCGAAAAAAAAGUUAUACGAAGGAUUUCCAAAGUUAAUAUGUGUGUAUAUAUAUAUAUAUAUAUAUAUAUAUAUAUAUAUAUAUAUAUAUAUAUAUAUAUAUAUAUAUAUAUAUAUAUAUAUAUAUAUACAGAGAGAGAGAGAAUCGAUUACAUUAUCAAGAGUAAGUUCUAUCAUUUUCCUACGUGAUUUCCAGGUAUUCGAGGCAUAAUAUAGAAAAUUGUGUGAACAUUCUAAUUCUAAAUAUUGGAUUAUCCAUUAUGAAAUGAUAACAGGAAUAAAUACAUGUUUAAGAUGACUUUAAAUGAGCUGUAAUAUAAAAUGAACAUUAUUAGAAAACGUGUAAUAUAAAAUCUCUUUAGAAAACAAAACAAUAGAAAAAGAGCUGUAAUAGAUAACAAGAUAACAGAAGACAAGACAUAACAGAAAGAGUGACAGUGGAGCAAUUGCAGUUGUCUGUUUUGUAUCACUCUGAAAACGGUGCGGACAUACACACAUGCAUGAUACAUAAUUCUAACAUAAUACUGCAUGCAGUAUUAUGUAGAAGACGUGAAUAACAAAAUGUAAAAUUCUGUAUAUUUUAUCCGGAUGUGUUCGCUACUGUUAACUGUUUAUUGUACAUUUGUGCCCUGCUCUUCCUGGCUUGGGUUUAGUACAGAGUUAAAUUUAAUAUUAUAGUUAAGUAGGAAGAACAUUUGUACGUCCAGUGUAAUUUAUUUCGUAACACUGAAAAAUAUUCCAUCUAUGACCAGUUAAUGGUUUAAGUAUUUGAUGAUCUUCAAGAGCAUUUUCUCUGCUUCAUUGUCGUAAAUCAUUAAACAAAACAAUAUUUUUGUAGAAUGGAUGAUUAUUGUGUUGUUAUUGUAAUGUGAGAGACCAAGGUCGCAUAGUUUCUUGUAUGGAAACUAAUAUUGCUACUGAAUAAAAACUACUUGUAUCUAAUUCA